AUGUGUUCGUAUGCCGUCUCCAGCCUCCAGGCCGGUAUAUUUACGCGUCCUUGCGACAGGAACUUAAUGAUCGACACUUUUAUUGCAAACGCGACCGUCGACGAUCUGCGAUCUAUCGUGAGGCAUUUGCUCGCAGCAGGACCGCCAGGCGUUGCCCCGGCGUUUGCAAAUGCUGCGCGUUCUCGACUGCGACACACCAAUACCAAAGCGCUCCCCAACUCCUAUUCCCUUUUCCGUCGACAAUCGCACAAUGUGAAAUUUACGGCGCCAACGGAGCUACUUCACGACACUUUGGCUAACGUUCGGUCCUUGUAUGGGGCGGGAAUGGGAUUUCGCAGUUUGGCAAUUCUAGCUACAAUUGUGAGGGCAACCGUGGGUCUCCGAUGGGAGGAGGAAGGCGACAUGGCGGAUAUCCUUGCCGUGAUUGACGUUGACAUAGGGCAAGCGAUUCAAAGUUCGAAAGAAGAGGUGGAGGGAGGCCGUCUUCACGACUUUGCGUCAGCACGGGAAAUUGUCCACGACUUACGAUCCGCCAUCAACGAUAGUCUGGCGGACGUUCAAACUUGGGGGGGAGAAUUUCCGUUCGACCGAGCGUCAGCUAGCCUACAAUAUUGGAAACUAUAA